AUGGCAACUUGCAAGGUUGGUCCUCGUCGCAAGGUUGGCCCUGCCCACAUCAUGAAGACUAAACAUAAAUUUUUGGAGUCCAAGCUGCUUCAGGACCCAGAAGCCUCGCCUGUCCCUGAAGGUUCUGUAGUAGAUGGAGGUGGUGAGCCCAUCCCUACUGAUGAUGAUUCUGGCAAACUUGCUGAUGAUACCACUGUGGUUGACUCAGAAAGACCUCCCAUCAGGCAUUCUGACGAUGAAGAUGUUACACUAGAGUUUGAUUAUCAAGGUGGUCCUGAUGUCCAAUUACUGCCCAAAAAGCGCAACCUUCACCAGCGUGAGCAGGCGUCAUUGACAGUGCGUCAAGGUGGCGAAGAGCAUGAACUGAGCUCUGACAGUGAUGCUGCCAAUGACCCACCCGCUAAGUCAAAGCAGGGUGCCACAGGCAAGACAUCUCUGCCUCACAUCUCACCUGCACUUCCUGGUCGAAAGGACAAGGGUAAGAUGAGGAAGCUACCUCCACCCACUGAAAUUGAAGACCUCAACAAUGACCAGAAUGACGUCAACAUUGACAAGAACUCUGGUGAUUCUCUUAUGUCUGGUCAACUCCCACAGGAAGCAAUCAACAAGGCCAUUGCCUUAGGCAAAAAAACAGUUGAAGAAGCAAAGAAUAUUGCCAAUGAGUAUGGCAAAUCUGUCUGCACAAUCCUAAUCCAAGCCAGGUUAUCAGUGAAACCCACCCGAGCCGAGAACAGCUGGAACAUGUACCAAGUGUGGUAUAAGAUGCAGCACCCCAAGUCUUCUGAUGAUAUUUAUGUUGGGGGAUUUGUAUUAUACACGGGUACUGAGGAGGCGGGUCAACGAGCUGUGGGAGUGUUUGCUGGAUCACCACUUAUCUUGGACCUUGUCAAUGAGAAGCAGGUGGACAUCAAGAAGCUUGUUGAUUAUUUGACAACUGUAAUUAAGUAA